AUGUACUUAUUUCUCUUCUAUGCCAGGUCAGACACCGAGCGCCUACAGAGUCUUACAGAAAAACAAGCUCAACAAAUUGCUGAAAAUACUCUGUACAUCAAAGAGUUAGAAGAUAGAGAGAGGGUGUUAGCUCAAAAUAUUGAAGAACUAUUGGUUGAAAUAAAAGAAAUCAACGCCGAGGUUGCUAGGUGGAGGGAAGCGUGUGAGUUGGAAGUGGAAGCUGGGAAAAAUGAAAUUAUAGAACGUAACAAAGUGGUGGAUAUUCUUAAGCAAGAGUUGGAGAAAACGAGAGCUGCUUUGGACAUAUCAAAUGGCAAAUUGAAGUUGAAAGAAGAACUAGCUGCCACUGCAAUGGCUGCCCAGGCUGCAGCAGAGAGGUCUCUGCAGCUAUCAGACAGCAGGGCUUCAGGACUCCGUGAACGGAUUGAGGAGCUGACAAGACAAUUAGAUGAAGCAGAGAGCAGGGUGCGGAAUAGUCAUAAGAUAAGGCACGUUUGUUGGCCAUGGCGAGCCCUCAAAGUAAAUCCUGCUAAUGGUGCCACUGGUAGAGUUCAGAAUGCGAGAAGGAUGCUACCGGAAAUGCAAGCCUUGCUUCACUAUAACGUGUGAUGUACCAUAGUCCUUACUAGAAGACGAUUGGAUUUAUUUGAACUGUUCGGUUUUUCUGUUCCUGUGCGUCUUCCUCUUCUCAUGUUUAUUUAUUACUCUCCCCCUCUGCUUUUCCUUUUAUGACCAAAUUCUCUAUGUAAAUCGGUUGACUACAAAUCUUGAAGCCUCUCCAUCACAUUAUUUUAACACAUAGCUUUUCACAACAUUUUAUAUAACAAUAUUUUAAAAUGAGUUAUUUUUGUAAA